ACUAUAAUGCUAGCUAAGAUGGUGGUUUGAGCGUAAAUUCUCCUAACAAUACCAAGAAAAGAAAGGGGCAAAACACCUUUGUAGCCUUUUGAUUAUAACAGAACAACGCGAUUACUGUUAUUCUAAGUGACCAUUUAUAGAAAUUUAGCCAUUUCAGGUACAUUGGCUUCCAGCCCCCGCCCAAUCUGGUGUGACUCCUUUGGAGUGGAAUCCUAAGCUAAAUACGGACAGGCCCUGUGCUCUGUGACCAGCCUUAGUACUACUCAACCUCACUGUGCAAUAGGAUGUCCCACAGCCCUGAACUGAAGGACGACCCCAUGGAGUGUCCUCUGUGCAUGGAGCCGCUGGAGAUUGAUGAUGUCAAUUUCUUCCCGUGCACCUGCGGCUACCAGAUCUGCCGCUUCUGUUGGCACCGCAUCCGCACAGACGAGAAUGGCCUCUGCCCCGCCUGCAGAAAGCCAUACCCAGAGGACCCUGCCGUGUACAAGCCUCUUUCACAGGAGGAGAUCCAAAGGAUAAAGAAUGAAAAGAAGCAGAAACAGAACGAGAAAAAGCAGAAGGUGACAGAAAAUCGUAAGCACCUGGCGAGCGUCAGAGUGGUCCAGAGGAACCUGGUGUUUGUGGUGGGGCUCUCACAGCGACUCGCUGACCCGGAAGUCCUGAAACGACCAGAAUAUUUUGGUAGAUUUGGGAAAAUCCAUAAAGUGGUCAUCAACAAUAGCACAUCUUACGCUGGUUCACAGGGGCCCAGUGCCAGCGCUUAUGUCACCUACCUUCGUUCUGAAGAUGCUCUAAGAGCAAUACAGUGUGUUAACAAUGUGGUUGUUGAUGGCAGAACACUCAAGGCAUCUUUAGGCACAACAAAGUACUGCAGUUAUUUUCUCAAAAGUAUGCAAUGUCCCAAACCUGAUUGUAUGUAUCUACAUGAGUUGGGGGACGAAGCAGCUAGCUUUACAAAAGAGGAGAUGCAGGCUGGGAAACAUCAAGAGUAUGAGCAGAAACUCCUCCAAGACCUCUAUAAAAUAAAUCCUAGCUUUCUACAACCUCCAGCUUGUGGAACAGAGAAGUCGAAGAGUAAAGCCAACUCCACACAGAGAACCAACAAUAGCAAUGGUAAAGAUGGGUGGCCAACAUUGUCCGGGCAUAGCAAACUGGCCAACGGACUUUCAGAAGACCGGAAGUCCCCUCCGUUGCUAGACUAUCUAGACCAGGAAGCUAGUAAUUCAGACGGACUAGAAUCAGAGCUGGGUCCAGGCCAGCGUCCUGCCUUGUCCCCCUUUUCCUCCAACUGUGACAGUAAUAGUCCAAAUGAUAAAACUUCAGAGUCACUUGGUUUGGUGAACGGAGAGACGUUACAACAGUUGCCCACCAGUGACUCCCCUUCCCCUCCCCCUGGUCUAACCAAGCCAAUCCUAGUGGUGCCUAUCAGCAUGUCGGACAUCUCGGCCCGUUCACCCUUCGAGGGGGCCGCAGCAGAGUCCCAGUCGCUCUUUUCAGACAACAGUAACUUCAGACAUCCUAACCCUCUCCCUGCUGGCCUACCCCCCUUCCCCAGUUCCCCCCGCACCAGUUCUGACUGGCCCAUGACUCCUGAACCACAGAGCCUCUUUACGUCAGACACAAUGCCAGUUUCUUCCUCAACAGACUGGCAGGCAGCCUUUGGCUUUGGCUCAUCUAGCAAACAACAGGAUGAUGAUCUGGGUUUCGAUCCUUUCGAUGUCACCCGCAAGGCUUUAGCUGACUUGAUAGAGAAGGAGCUGUCUGUGCAGGACCAGAGCCCCUCCUCUCCAGGGCUGCUCAGCCACGGGGGCAUCAACCACGGUCUGAGCCUGCCACCAUCCAACCCCAGCAGCUCCCACCACUUCCCCAGUGGCCUACCGCGCGUCCACCAGCUCCACCACCACAGAGCCAUCUACAGUUCCUUCAGUUUCCCCGGCGGUCACAGCAGCCAGGCCAGUCAGCAGCAGCCUCCGACAACCAGACACCCCUGGAUGAGCAUCCCCACACGAAACAACCUCACACACUUGAACCACUCAGCCAGUGCUGCCUCACACAGUAACAUCCUGGACCUGAAUCUGCCCCCUCAGCACAACACAGGGCUGGGAGGGAUCCCCAUCUCAGAAAACAGUGGCUCUAUAGACGGCUUAAAUGUGAAAGAGUGGCAGGACGGACUGAGAGCUCUUUUGCCCAACAUAAAUAUCAACUUCGGUGGCCUCCCAAACUCCUCCUCAUCAUCAUCUUCCUCAUCCUCUAGCAGUGUUAACCACAUUGGUGGGCCGGCAGGGCCAGCAGGAACAGCAGGCAUCUCACACAGCCUCAGCUGGGAUGGAACAGCCAGUUGGAUGGAUCCUGCUAUUAUUACAGGCAUCCCGGCCUCAGCAGGCAACAGUUUAGACUGUCUCCAGGACGACAACCCUCCACACUGGCUCAAGUCCCUGCAGGCGCUCACAGAGAUGGACGGCCCUGCCAGCUCAGCUGUGCCCACGCCCCAGCCCCUCCACAGCAGCCUCCUCGACAGCCACCUCCCCCUCCAUCACAGAGCCCCCAGCGGCUGGGCUCCCUACCUGCCUCCUCCCACAGCCAACCCCGCCAGUCAGUUCCAUUCUCCUCCCCCAGGCUUCCAGACCGCCUUCAGACCCCCAGGACAGCCAGCCACAGAGCUACUACAGAGUGCCGCCGUGGAUCGCCACUGAACAGACUGGAGCAGACACCCAUCCAUUCCCCACCUCCUCCCACUUCAAACCCACUCAUCCUGUACCCCCCACUUCCUUCCCCUGACGCAAUGCACACCAAUCUGCAGAGUAUGAAAAAUUAACAAAGUAACAAACUUGCUUUCUUUUUUCUCUUCCUCCUUCCUUUGUGUCUACUCUUAAAGGCCUGAUUGUUUUUGUUUGUGGCGCACAAGUUCUCAGUACGUUUGUCUCCCGCCACUCCGUAGACCCGUUCUGGGCGUAACGUGGGAUUCAUUGUGGAUCUCACUGUCAGCAGGGGGCACAAGAAUCAGAGCAUUAAAAGGUGCCCAGUGGUGACUCAAGCUAACUCCAAAAACUGGCAAAGAAACAAAUGAGCAGAAGUGAGGUCAUUUUAAAAAUAAAAAUAUAACUAAUGAAUAAGCAUGAAAUCAUUUGUUUUAUUGAAGUUCCAGUCAUGAUUAGUUUUUUGAGGAGUAAAGCAAGCUGUGAAUCUGCUCUUUGAAGCUUUGCCCCAAAGACCCUCAUUGCCCCCACUCUUCAGAGGAGACUGAAACGGUUAACAGCCAUGUUGUGAUCCAGGCAAGGUGACGGAGACAUGACGGGUUGGCCCGUAGCUUUUAUUUCAGAGUGGGUUGAAGAGAAAAGAGUGAGAUUUGAUUAGUGAGUGAAUGCAGACGCCCCUGGCGGGGAGAGCACAGGCUAUGCAUGGGCUCCCUGUUGGGUACGGACACAAAUGGCCUGCCUGAGAGGCCACUUGGCUCACUCUCUUCAGUGAGGGGCUCCCACGGGUCCCAUCCUGCUGGAGGGAGAAUUUUGCUGAACCUCUGUAUCAGAGGAUAGAGCAGCGCCUUACCACAGGGAGCCGGGGCUGUGGGAGAUCAUGGCACACAUCCUGAGCACUAGGGUUAGACUCUAACCGUGCCACUGUGUGGUACCUACAACACUAGCCCUAACAUGGACAGCCACCACACGACAGGGCAGGGCGGUGACGAGACGUCCAACAUAUUAAUGAGGGUAAAGAGGUUAACGGGUCCCUUUGUUCAACCCACGAGGGCUUACACGAGGCCUUAAAAUAGACAGGUGAGAGGAAGGAGCUCGAGUGUUGGGACAGGGAGUGUCAGUGACUGCUGAGAAAUAUGCAAUAACGUAUGUGACGUCAGCAGCUGGAUGGAAGUGGAAUCACAAAGGUGCUGCAAGAUCAUACCGAGUACUGUAGUAACCAAUCAACGAGCCCUCGGACUUUCCAACUGAGAUCAACCUCCGCCCACCGCCACCUUUCCUUUUUUGAAGUCUUAAUUCUGAAUCGUGUUCACUCUUUUUCUCUGUUACCCGCCCCACCCUUUCCCCCCGUUGUCCCCUAUUUAACAGUAUUCACAAAGAUGAACAAAGUCAUCCAGGAGAAACCAACCGUCAUACAGUGGGUUUUUUAACAUGAUGUUGCGAGGAAAAAUGAAACGACUCCUGAAGCGCUUCCAGAAAGCGAACUGUCCUCUGCAGGUCUGGAAAAAAAUAAACCUUAAAUAAAACUGAAAA